AGCACUCACUGAUAAGUGAGAACCCAUUAUCAACAUUCAACCCCCACCACCAUCUUCUAUUUCUCUCUUAAAUGCAGCAAACCAUUUCCUUCAUUUUCAGAAAGAUCUUCAAAAAACAAUGAAGAAGAUCUUUCCUUUCAACUCUUCUCUCACCAUUAUCAUCAUCAUCAUUAAUGCUAUUGCCAUUGAAUCAGCCAGCAAUAGCUUUGGCAGAUCAGGCAUAGGAGCUGUAUGGUAUGGCAGAGGUACAAAUGAUAAUAUCAGCCCAUAUACAGCGCUGCAAGCAUGGAAAUCCGCCAUUACAGAUGACCCAUCAAAGAUUCUCGACAGUUGGGUUGGAUCAAACGUUUGCAAUUACAAAGGAGUUUUCUGUGUUCAAUCCACUCAAAAUGAUUACAUGGGUUCCAAUGGACCAACCAUAGCUGCCAUUGAUCUCAACCAUGCAAAUCUUCAAGGAACCUUAGUUAAAGAACUGUCUAUACUCACCGAUUUAUCACUUCUCCAUCUCAACAGCAACAGAUUCACCGGCACCGUUCCUGAUUCAUUCAGAUCUCUCUUCUCACUCACUGAAUUAGAUCUCAGCAACAAUCUCUUUUCCGGCCAGUUUCCAUCAUCAACUCUCCUCAUUCCCAAUCUCCUCUAUAUAGACCUAAGGUUCAACAAUUUCUACGGAAGACUCCCUCAAGAACUCUUCAACAGAAGACUCGACGCAAUUUUUCUCAACAACAAUCAAUUCGGAGGCGAAAUCCCACAAAACCUGGGAAAUUCCCCUGCUUCGGUGAUCAAUCUAGCUAACAACAAUUUCUCCGGCGAAAUUCCGUUCAGUUUUGGGUACAUGGGUCCUAGAUUGAAGGAGAUACUUUUCAUUAACAACCAAUUAACAGGUUGUAUCCCUGAAGGAGUAGGGAUAUGGCAGAAUUUGCAGGUUUUGGAUUUGAGUUUCAAUUCGUUGAUGGGUCAGUUACCUGAUUCAGUAUCAUGUUUGGCUCAGAUUGAGGUGUUGAAUUUGGGACAUAAUAGGUUGUCCGGCGAUCUACCGGAGUUGGUUUGUGAGUUGAGGAAUCUUUUGAAUUUGACUGUUGCUUAUAAUUUCUUUUCUGGGUUUAGUCAGGAAUGUUCUAAGCUUUUGAAUAGGAAUGUUGGGUUUGAUUUCUCUUUGAAUUGUAUUCCUGGGAAGGAUAUGCAGAGGCCGAGACCGGAAUGCUUUAUGAUCCCCGGCGGUGGACUUAACUGUUUGAGGGUCCCUUCUCCUAACUCUCUUCUUUGUGGAACUAUGAUGGUGGAAUCACACCAAACCAAUUCCACUACUAGUACCACUCAUUCAUCUCCUUGAGUGUGUGGUUUGACUAAAUUUAAGUGGAUGAGAAAUUGAGCAUGUUCUUAUUUAACCCAAAUUUAUAAAUAGAUUAUUCAACUUAAACAAAUUUGUAAACCCAUUUUAAGUAACAUAAUUACAAGAUGUU